AUGAAGCCUCAACACCGACCCCGACCCGGACCCCGACCCGGACCCCGACCCGGACCUCGACCCCAGAUCACUUGGUGGAUGCGCUUUCGUCGAUUCAUCUAUAAUUAUGAAUCACCACUGCAACUGCGCGGCACUCUGACGCGGCUCACACAUCGGCACGAGCACCCGUACUGGGCCUUGGUCCGCCUGCUACUCCCAUUCCCAACAUGGCACUUUCCGCUGCCCGAGCCCGUCCCCGUCCCUACCAUGCUGAACAAUGUCCCACUGCUGCAAGCUCGCAAGGCGGCUGCAGACCUGACCAACAUGCGCUCUGUGCCAUUGUGGCGCUCCCGAGAUACGCCUCUGCGUGCGCUAUACCGGAUCUACGAGGCUGUCGUGGCGCGCGAAUUCUAUGCGAUCGGGUCGGAGGUGGAGUACUUUUGGUACCAGUCAGGCCGGCAGUGGGCGGUGCAUCGAAUUCCAAACCCACGAGACCGUGACCCUGUGCGGUAUGCAAUCCUGGCCUGCGUGGCGGAAGAGCUAGCACAGGCGUUCAACUGGCGCAUGAGUCUCGGGAUGCGACGCGACAAGAACAAGCAUAUAUACCGGCAGACAUUCGAGGAUUCUCUGCCAUCCUUUGUACCGGAGAUUGCCCCUUCCUGGGCGACACUGGUGUCGCCAAUAGACACAGAGCUUCUGGGAGAGUUCCCGAGGGACUUUCUCGAUCGGAUGGGCAGGCUUGUGCUUGAAGAGGGCGGCGAAAAUCCCAUCUUUGCUCGAAGAAACGUCGUUAUGGACACAGGCCACUUCUAUACCAUUUGA